AUGAAAUCCAUCGUGAGCGUGCUGACCCUGCUGCUCCUCAUCAACGCCGUGGCCGCCCUGCGGUUUGUGCUGCCUGCCAAGGACAAGAACGAGCUGCCCUUUUGUGUGCGAGACUUUGUCAAGAACGGCGAGCUCGUUGUCGUCACUGUCGAGUCUCCCAAGUACGCUGACGGCCAGCAGCUGAGCGUGGUCGUUCGAGACGCACAUGGAAACGAGUACACCCGAAUCAAGAAUGUUCUGGGCCGAGAGAUCACCACCUUUAGCUCUCAUCAGGACACUGCUCUGGACGUGUGCUUCCACAACGUGGCCAACUCGCACCAGGAUCUCGGAAAGACCAAGGAGAUUGAUCUGUCGGUCGCCAUUGGAGCCAACGCCCGAGACUGGGAGCAGAUCCAGGCCUCCGAAAAGCUCAAGCCCGCAGAGGUGCAGCUGCGAAAGAUCGAGGAGAUCGUCGAUGAGGUGGACAAGGAAAUGAACUACCUCAAGAUGCGAGAGAUCAGGCUGCGAGACACCAACGAGUCCACUAACCGACGAGUCAAGUUCUUCUCCGUCGGCAUCACCUUGGCUCUCAUUGCUCUCGGCGUCUGGCAGAUCAUCUACCUCAGAUCUUACUUCCGAUCCAAGCAUAUCAUUUAA